AUGAAUACUAUCAAACAGAUUUUCAAGCAACUUGCAGAUGAAAUGACCCGAGCUAACAUUGAGUUUUUUGUGGGACGAUUAGCUAAUAUCACCUUGCAAUCUAGUCUCCUAGAAAGAAUUAAAGAAGCACAAUAUCUAGAUCUGUAUUUGGUGAAAUCUCAAGACAGGGUUUCAGUGGGAAAGACCAAUGACUUUACAGUGGAUAGUAAUGGGUUGUUACGGUUUAUGAACUGUGUUUGCGUUCCAAUGAAUGAUGAUAUUAAGAGAGAAAUUCUGAAUGAGUCUCAUACAACUCCUUACUCUGUUCAAUCGGGGAAAACAAAAAUGUAUCAAGAUCUUAAGUCCAUAUACUGGUGGCCUGGAAUGAAGAACGACAUAGCAGAGUACGUUUCCAAAUGUUUAACAUGUCAGCAUGUGAAGGCUGAACAUCAGAGGCCUGCAGUUUUGCUGCAGCCAUUGAACCUUGGGUAA